AGCACGUGGUCAGAAAUCUUUGCUGUGCUUUGUAUGUGUGUAUGAGUGAAACAGAGUGUGUUUUGGGGGAGUGACUGGGAAGCAGCACUUGUCUAAUCUGUGCAUCCUGUUGUGAGAGUACAACGGCGUGUGUGCUGUUGUGUGUGCGUGUUGUGUGUCUGCGAGGUGUGUUUGCUGUCAGAGCGAGUUCAAGUAUGAAGAGAGGCAAGAAGGCAGAGGAGGCGGCUGCAGACGGGGAAAAUGACACCGGCUCUGCUGCUGCAAAGAAAGCAAAGAAGGCUAAGGAACCAGAGGCCCCGGUACUGUACGAUGAUCCUCCUGACAAAAUGACCAGCAAAGAUGGACGAGAUGCCAACAUGAAGAUCACCUCCUGGAAUGUGGACGGGCUGAGGGCCUGGGUGAAAAAGAAGGGCCUGGAUUGGGUACGCGAGGAGGCUCCAGAUAUUUUGUGCCUUCAAGAGACCAAGUGUGCAGAGAAGGACCUCCCUGCUGAGAUCACCUCAAUGCCAGAGUACCCGCACAAGUACUGGGCUGCCUCAGAUGACAAAGGGGGCUACAGUGGUGUGGCCAUGCUGUGCAAGACUGAACCACUUAAAGUAACCUAUGGCAUUGGCAAAGAGGAGCAUGACAACGAGGGCCGCGUCAUCACUGCCGAGUUCCCCAACUUCUACCUGGUGACCGCCUACGUGCCAAACGCCAGCAGAGGCCUUGUGCGCCUAGAUUACCGCAAAACCUGGGACGUGGACUUCCGGGCAUAUCUGAGUGAGCUGGACAUACAGAAGCCCCUGGUGCUGUGCGGUGACCUGAACGUCGCACACCAAGAGAUCGACCUGAAGAACCCCAAAGGGAACAAGAAAAACGCAGGCUUCACCCCUGAGGAGCGCGAGGGCUUCAGCCAGCUGCUGGCGGCCGGUUUCACCGACAGCUUUCGCGAGCUUUACCCUGAGCAGACCAACGCCUACACCUUCUGGACCUACAUGAUGAACGCCCGUGCGAAGAACGUGGGCUGGAGGCUCGAUUACUUUUUGCUGUCGUCCUCUUUGGUGCCAGGCCUGUGCGACAGCAAGAUCCGCAACAAGGCAAUGGGAAGCGACCACUGCCCCAUCACUCUGCACAUAGCUGUGUAGGUCACUGUGGGCAGCAGGGUUCCUACUUUGCCAAGCCUGCACUUUUUUCUUUAUACUUUUGUUCUAACUUGGUAAAAACGAUCAUAUACGCUGAUGUGUGCUCUGCUAGAGUGAAGCAACACCUUCUUGGGCACAAUUCUGCAUCUGUUGACAUGUCUCAUGGGUGAAGUCCUGCCCAGUCUCACUCAGUCAGUAAAGUCAGCAGUAGCUUAGUUGUCUUGUACGUUUGUCUUUAUCAUAUGAAAGUUUCAUAAAAUUACUCUACAACAAAACACAACACAACAUGCCCAUUUGUCGUCUUCCUGUAAUUGAAGUUUGUCAGAAAACCCAGUGAUGUACACCUGAAUUCAUCUUGGCAAUUCUGUAAAAACACAACACUAAAUACCAAAAGAUGUCUAAGCUGAUUUUCAACAAUGACCUUUGACCAGCUGUAAAACUGUUUCAGCGUGGUUCCUGUGUGUAGCGCUGCUGAGCUGAAACACAGGCCCAUGUUUUUUUCUUUUUUUUUGUGUGUUACUCUUUAAAAUCAAACUACUGCUGUUAAGAGAAAAUGUAUUUUUGUUGUAGCAUAAACUGUUUUAAGCCUCCUUUCCAAACCAGUGUUAAAUUUUCUGUUGUUUA